GAAAAUAUCAUCACACGGAUGCAGGAUGACAAAGCUGGUGGAGUGACGAUCCGAACAGUGAAGAGCUUCCUGUCAAAGAUUCCCAGCGUCAUCACCGGUGCUGACAUUGUGCAGUGGUUGAUGAAAAGCCUAAACAUUGAAGAUCAAGGUGAAGCAAUACACUUAGGAAGUCUCAUCGCUGCACAAGGGUACCUGUUCCCUAUCUCAGACCACGUGCUCACAUUAAAGGAUGAUGGUACAUUCUACAGAUUUCAGGCUCCAUAUUUUUGGCCAUCGAACUGCUGGGAACCAGAAAACACAGACUAUGCCAUCUACCUGUGCAAGCGGACAAUGCAGAAUAAAGCAAGACUGGAACUUGCCGAUUAUGAAGCCGAAAAUUUGGCCAGGUUGCAAAGAGCAUUUGCAAGAAAAUGGGAGUUCAUCUUUAUGCAAGCAGAGGCCCAAGUAAAAAUUGACAGGAAAAAGGACAAGACGGAACGCAAGAUCCUGGACAGCCAAGAGCGAGCAUUUUGGGAUGUUCAUCGACCAGUUCCUGGCUGUGUGAACACCACUGAAAUGGACAUCAGGAAGUGUCGUAGGAUGAAAAACCCCAACAAAGUGAAGAAGUCAGUGUAUGGGGUUCCUGAAGACUCGCAGACACACAGUCCUAUACAUUCAUUCGCAUCAACAACUAAGCAACCUGCAAAAGAUGAUCUGAAGAAGCAGAUCACUUUAUUGAAUAUCCAGCUAGACAGACAUUGUUUAAAAAUGUCCAAAGUAGCUGAAAGUUUGGUCAGUUACGCAGAGCAGUAUCUGGAAUAUGAUCCUUUGCUAACACCACAGGAUCCACCUAACCCAUGGGUCAGUGACGACUGCACAUUCUGGGACAUGGAAGCCAGCAAAGAGCUCAACCAGCAGCGUGUCAAGAGAUGGGGCUUCUCCUUCGAUGAGGUGCUAAAGGACCCCGCGGGGCGAGACCAAUUUCUGAAGUUUCUGGAAUCCGAGUUCAGCUCUGAGAAUCUGAGGUUUUGGUCAGCGGCAGAGGAUCUGAAGAAACGACCCCUUCUGGAAGUCCCAGACAAGGUUCAAGAGACUUGGCAGGAAUUUCUUGCUCCGGGCGCACCCAGUGCCAUCAACCUUGACUCCCAUUCCUAUGAGAUAACCAGUCAGAAUGUCAAGGAUCCAGGAAGAUACACCUUUGAAGAUGCCCAGGAGCACAUCUACAAAUUGAUGAAAAGUGACAGCUACGCUCGCUUUCUGCGUUCCAAUGCAUAUCAGGAGCUUCUACAAGCUAGAAAAAAGCCUGAAAAUGAGCAGGGUCGCAGAACCUCGCUGGAAAAAUUCACUCGCAGUGUGGGUAAGUCAUUGACUGCUAAGCGUCUUACUGGUCUCAUGCAGUCCUCCUGACGGACAUCCAGAGCUGCCUGCUGCAGAGAAUGAAGGAGCCUGUACCUGCACUCCAGGGAGUCGCCACAUGAA